AUGUUCGAGGCUGUGUUAGAGGCUAUGAUCGAGGCUAUGCUCGAGGCUAUGCUCGAGGAUGCAUCUGCGUCAGAAGGGUGGAGAUGGUGUUUCUGGAUCAACCUUCCUAUUGGCAGUGUAUCGCUGGCGACCUUGUUUUUCCUCUUCUCAGACCCAAGAACCCGCCAAGAGGACGACCUGACGUUGACUCAGAAGAUCAGAGAGCUCGACCUCCUUAGCAACUGCUUGUUCAUCCCAUCACUAACAACGCUCUUCGUGGCGCUAUCUUGGGCAGGAACAAAGUAUCCCUGGUCAGAUAGGAAAGUGAUUGCGUUGUUCGUUGUAUUUGCUGUGCUACUCGCCGCCUUCGUCUUUAAUCAAUACCGACGCGGAGACUCAGCAGCACUUCCUUUCCGCAUUAUCAAAAAUCGAAGUGUCAUCGCGGGCUUCAUCUUCACGACGUGCACUAAUUCGAUGACCAACGUCUUAGAGUGGUACUUACCGACAUACUAUCAAGUCGUUCGAUCCCGGACCCCAAGCGAAAGCGGCUACCUGAUGAUCCCUAUCCUCGUUGGAAUGAUGCUCGGGCUCUUUCUUCAGGGCAUCGGCACCACCACAUUCGGCUACUACGCCCCCUUUAUGAUCUUCGCCUCCGUAUGCAUGCCAAUUGCCGGUGGCUUAAUGACAACAUACGGUCUCCAUACAUCCCUAACCAAGAUCAUCCUCUAUUCCGGAUUCGUAGGAUUCAGCGGAGGCAUCGGCUUCCAAGCUCCCCAAGCGGCAGUCCAGACAACGUUAAGUGCUGCAGAUGUCAACCUUGGGAUUGGGGUUAUCUUGUUCGGGCAGAGUAUGGGUCCGGCGGUGUUUAUUGCUAUUGCGCAGGUUAUAUUCACGAAUCAGUUGUCGUCAAGUUUGGAAGAUGUUGUACCAGGUUUGACACCUACGUAUAUUGAAGGGCACGGACUUGGCAAUAUUAAGAAUUGGGUUCCUACGCAGCGGUGGGAUGAGGUUUUGGGUGGUAUCAAUCGGAGCUUGACUCAUACUUGGUACCUCACUGUCGCGUUGGCUUGCACGACGAUGGUGGGAAGUCUUUUGAUUGAAUGGCGCUCGGUUAAGCAGAAGCAGCCGUGA